AUGUCCCAGCGAGCAGAUGCCUCCCAGUGUGGUGGGGUUGUGGUCGAAUUCGAGUCUGACGACAUCAGGGAAGCAAGAGCUAAGAAAGCAAGGAGUAUACCAGGUUCAGCUCUGAUCUACCUCAAAGGCCCCAAGUUUCUCAUCUAUGUCAGUGGAGCAUUGUCAAUGUGGGGUGACCGCAUGUGGCACUUUGCUAUCUCCGUGUUCCUGAUUGAGCUUUAUGGCCGUAACCUGCUGUUGACAGCGGUGUUUGGAUUGGUAGUGGCUGGGUCAGUGCUCCUGCUUGGAGCUUUGAUUGGAGACUGGGUUGAUCGCAAUCCAAGGAAUAAAGUUGCACAUGCAUCUCUUUUCAUUCAGAACAUCUCAGUGACAGUAUGUAGCAUUGUGCUCAUGUUGGUGUUCUCAUAUAAGCAAAGGAUUGAACAGAUCUGGGAUGGCUGGCUCACUGUGGUUUGUUAUACGGUGGUGAUCGUCCUGGCAGAUGUGGCAAACCUUGCAAGCACAGCGCUGACCAUUGCCAUUCAGAGGGACUGGAUUGUGGUUAUUACAGGCUACAACCGAGGUCACCUAGCUGGAAUGAAUGCAACCAUGAGGCGGAUAGAUCAGGUGACUAACAUCCUGGCCCCACUAGCAGUGGGACAGGUCAUGACCCUGGCCUCCAAUGUAGUAGGCUGUGGCUUCAUCCUGGGCUGGAACCUUGUGUCUCUCAUUGUGGAGUUCUUCUUCUUGUCACGAGUGUACCGCAUCGUCCCGGCUCUCUCGAUCAAACCACCAGUGGUGGAGGUGGAUCAGGUGUAUCUGCAGAGAUUGGAGAGGAGAAUGUCACUAGGCAACUGCAACACAGGCCUGAAUCUGAAAGAAAUCACAAACCUGCCUCUGUGUUUCCGGAGGUUUCGCUGGUUGUUGAGCACCUGUAAGGACGGCUGGAGGGCCUACUAUCGGCAGCCUGUCUUCCUGGCAGGAAUGGGUCUGGCUUUCCUCUACACAACAGUGCUGGGCUUUGACUGCAUUACCACUGGCUAUGCCUACACUCAGGGUAUAAGCGGCUCUCUCCUUAGUCUACUGAUGGGUGUUUCAGCGAUCACGGGGCUGUUGGGCACUGUGAUGUUCACCAGACUCAGGAAGACAUAUGGCCUGGUUAACACAGGCAUCAUCUCGAGCUGCAUCCACCUCGGCUGCUUGCUGCUGUGUGUGUGCUCCGUGUUUGCCCCUGGCAGCCCUAUGGAUCUUAGCUUGCUGAUGCCCUACUUUACCUCCAACUCCUCUACGGAGCUCGGAGGGAUGGCAAGCCAAAGGCAAAAACACACAUUUCCACUGAGGGGAGGAAGCAAUCAACCACUGCUUCCUGACCGCUCCUCCAUUCAUUGGACCAACAACACCGUGCUUUUUGACAACGUUCCCUCCGGCACAGCACCAGAGUCCUAUAUCUCCAUUAUCCUGUUGUUCUUGGGCGUCAUCACAGCACGCAUCGGUCUGUGGUCCUUUGACCUGACAGUGACCCAGCUCCUGCAGGAGAACAUCUGUGAGUCAGAGAGGGGUGUGGUAAACGGUGUGCAGAGCUCUAUGAAUUACCUGAUGGAUCUGCUUCACUUCAUCAUGGUCAUCUCCGCUCCACAGCCACAGCACUUUGGCAUCCUAGUUAUCAUUUCUGUGUUAUUCAUCACCACCGGGCACACCAUGUACUUCGUGUAUGCACACCAAGCCAAGAGAAAACGCCGCCUCAACACAUAA